CACGGCUCUCAGUCAGGUCACCCACCCAACUUAAUGAACAUAAGUGAUUCUACACACGAAAAGCAGGUACAUAUUCCUGUGAUUCGCUUAUGUUGCAGUUUUGUUUUCUCACUGACUUUGGGUGAUUCACACACUUGCUGUAAUGACUGCGUACUCAUCCGGUCCGGACGUUUGGACCACUGCAGGAUGCAAACUCUACCGCAACUGACCCCAACCUCUUCCGUACACACACACACACACACACACACACACACACACACAAUCUGAUGGUCUAAUAGUUGUGGUUUUAGCUUUUAGUUUCUGAUACACGGCAGACUGCAAACAUUUAUGUUCCCGACAAUCUCGCGCGAUAACGUCCACCACAAUAUAAUCUCCGCAGUCAGUCUGGCAUCUCUGCUCUCACUUGGUACCCAGGAACAUCCGGAAGCAGGGCAGCACAGUCCUCUGACUCUGCCGCGCGGAGGGGCGGAUGAGAUAUUCUGUCUCUCUCUCUCUCUCUCGGGCUUCUCCUGUCGAAACCGUAGAAAAAUAUCUGGAGAAGCAAGUCAAACACCUUCAGCUGACGGACGAGUUUGAGUUAAACCGCGUUUUAUCCCCCCUGAAGCUCUUCCACUGCAUUUCUGUUCACUUGUCGAGGAUGGAAAACUGAUGGCCUUUCUCAUGUUGGAGGCUAGCUGUUCAUUCUGAAGGUGCAGGAUGAAAAGAUGGCACAGCUGCUUGAACCACCAGGUCCAGACAGCUUCCGCCCCUUUAGUCGUGAGUCCCUCAAAGCUAUCGAGAAACGCAUCGCAGAGGAGAAAACCAAGAAGCCAAAGGGAGAGAAGAGAAAACGCAAUGACGAGAAUGAGCUCAAGCCCAGCAGUGACCUGGAGGCGGGCAAAUCACUCCCUCUUCUGUAUGGGGAUGUUCCCAAGAGCAUGGUCUCGACGCCACUGGAGGACCUGGAUCCCUACUACCGCAAUCAGAAAACUUUCAUAGUAUUAGACAAGGGAAAUUUCAUCUUCCGCUUCAACGCCACUCCUGCCUUGUACCUCCUGAGCCCCUUCAACCUUCUCAGAAGAAUAUCAAUUCGGAUUUUGGUACACUCAUUGUUCAGUUUUGGGAUCAUGUGCACUAUCAUCACCAACUGUGCAUUGAUGACACUGAGUCGACCACCUGACUGGGCAAAGAAUCUAGAGUACACAUUUACUGCAAUCUAUACAUUUGAAUCCCUCGUUAAAAUCUUAGCGCGAGGGUUCUGCAUAGGGCAGUUCACGUUCCUGAGAGAUCCCUGGAACUGGCUGGAUUUCAGUGUCAUUGUCAUGGCGUAUGUAACAGAGUUUGUAAAUCUAGGCAAUUUUUCAGUUCUUCGCACAUUCAGAGUGCUGAGAGCUUUUAAAGCUAUUUCAGUCAUCCCAGGCCUGAAAACCAUUGUUGGUGCGUUGUUCCAGUCAGUGAAGAAGCUUGCGGAUGUGAUGAUCCUGACUGUCUUCUGCUUGAGCGUCUUUGCUCUGAUAGGAUUACAACUGUUCAUGGGCCAUUUAAGGCAAAAGUGUGUACGGAUGCCAAUAAAUGACAAUUCCACCAUAAAUGGGACAUAUAAUGGGACCUACAUGAAUGAAAACUUUUUCAACUGGACUGAGUAUUCUCUCAAUAAGAGUCAUCAUUAUUACCUCCCAGGCAAACGAGAUCCAUUGCUUUGUGGAAAUGGCAGUGAGGCUGGGCAGUGUCCAGAGGGGUACGAAUGCAUUCGAGUGGGAAGGAACCCAGACUAUGAUUACACCAGCUUUGAUUCAUUUGGUUGGGCCUUCCUCUCUCUGUUUAGACUGAUGACACAGGAUUACUGGGAAAACCUUUACCAGCAGACAUUGCGAGCUUCAGGGAAACCCUACAUGAUCUUUUUUGUGCUGGUAAUUUUCCUUGGUUCCUUCUAUCUGAUCAACCUGAUCUUGGCUGUGGUAGCUAUGGCCUACGAGGAGCAGAGCCAGGCUACCAUAAAGGAGGCUAAGGAGAAGGAGGAGGAGUUUCAGGCUAUGCUUGAGCAGCUGAGAAAGCAGCAAGAAGAAGUUCAGGCAGUAGCAACCGCGGCUGCUGCAGAGAGCGGAGAGCUCAGUGAAAAAGUCGCAAGAACCGAGAGCUCCUCUGAAAUCUCCAAGCUCAGCUCCAAAAGUGCCAAAGAGAGACGCAACAGGAGAAGAAAAAGAAAGGAAGAGGAGGGCAAAGGGGCUGAUCAGAAGUUUCCUAAAUCCGAGUCACAGGACAGUAUAAAGAAAGCUCGCUGCCGCUUCUCUGUGGAUGCAAACCUGCUCAGCUAUGACAUGAAAUGUUCAUCCGCACAUCAGUCCUUUCUGAGUUUUCGUGGACCCCUGUUCUCACCCAGACGAAACAGCAGGACCAGCAUUUUCAGUUUUCGAAGCCAAGCGCAGGACGUGGGCUCCGAAAAUGAGUUUGCAGAUGAUGAGAACAGCAUUUUUGAGGGCGACCUGAGACGGAGGAGCUCUGUGUUUCUCCCCAGGAGUCAUGAUCGACGCAGCAGUAGUAUGAGCCAAUGCAGCUUCUUGUCGCAUUUCCUACUUCCACCCAAUGGGAUCAAACACAGCUCGGUGGACUGCAAUGGGGUUGUGUCUCUGGUGGGUGGGAAUUCACUCCCAUCGUCACCUGGGGGGGCCCGUCUGCCUAAAGUGAUGGUAGAUAUGGCCUCAACUGGAGAUAACGCUGACACCACUGAUACAGAGUGCAAACACCCUGGUACGCACCAGUUUAUGGACUUCCUUGAGGGCCCAGAGGUCAGAGAGAGAGCUCAAAGUAUAGCUAGUGUCAUAACCAGCACAAUGGAGGAGCUUGAAGAGUCAAGACAGAAGUGUCCUCCAUGCUGGUAUAAAUUCGCCCACACCUUCCUCAUCUGGGAAUGUUGUCCACUAUGGAUGAAGAUCAAGAAAGUGGUUAAACUAAUAGUGAUGGAUCCAUUUGCGGACUUGGCCAUAACCAUCUGCAUUGUACUCAACACAUUGUUUAUGGCCAUGGAACAUUAUCCAAUGUCUGGCAGUUUCAGCAGAAUGCUAGCUGUGGGCAAUAUGGUAUUCACCGGCAUCUUCACUGCUGAAAUGGUCCUCAAGAUCAUUGCCUUAGACCCAUACUAUUACUUUCAGAAGGGAUGGAAUAUUUUUGAUGGAAUCAUUGUCAGUUUAAGCUUGAUGGAGCUCACUUUGGCAAACGUGGUUGGCAUGUCUGUUCUGAGAUCAUUCAGACUACUGAGAGUAUUCAAAUUGGCGAAAUCAUGGCCCACUCUUAACACGUUGAUCAAAAUAAUUGGUAAUUCGGUGGGGGCUUUGGGCAACCUUACGCUAGUGUUGGCCAUCAUCGUGUUCAUCUUUGCUGUGGUGGGCAUGCAGCUGUUUGGAAAAAGCUACAAGGACUGUGUGUGUAAAAUCUCUCAAGACUGCACUCUGCCCCGUUGGCACAUGAAUGACUUCUUCCAUUCAUUCCUCAUUGUGUUCCGAGUGCUUUGUGGAGAGUGGAUAGAGACCAUGUGGGACUGUAUGGAAGUGGCUGGGAUGCCCAUGUGCAUCAUUGUCUACAUGAUGGUCAUGGUUAUUGGAAAUCUUGUGGUGCUGAACCUGUUCCUGGCCUUAUUGCUGAGUUCGUUCAGUGCCGACAACCUGGCAGCGACGGAAGAUGACAGUGACAUGAACAAUUUGCAGAUUGCCAUUGGACGGAUUCACAGAGGCAUUGCCUUUUUUAAGUCCAUGCUUCGAAGUGGCUGCCCCUGUGCCUGUCUCAGUGGUAGGAAGAAAGGGAAGAGUGAGGACAAAACUCUGGAUGAGCUUCACAAACCUUUAGGGCCGAAUGGUGUCCCCAACCAUACCAUCAAAGACUUUCCUAAGAAUGGAAAUGGGGAUGUGAUUGGAGUGGACAAAAGUGGAGACAAGUACAUAGUCAGCAGCAAGAGUGAUGACUCUAUAAUGUCUUUCAUCAACAAUCCGAGUCUGACUGUCACUGUUCCUAUCGCUGUGGGAGAGUCUGACUUUGAAAACCUCAACACGGAGGACUUCAGCAGCACCUCGUCUGAUGCAGCAUGUCAAGUGAUUAUAGAAGACGAUGGCGAGGUCAGCUCCUCUGAGGGCAGCACAGUGGAUGGCCUCCCAGGCGGCGAGGGAGGAGAGUCCAUAGACAUUGAACUGGAAGAAUCAAUGGAACCUGACUCCUGCUUUCCUGAUGGCUGUGUGCAAAAGUUCCAGUGUUGUCAGGUAAAUGUGGAGGUGGGCCGGUGGAAAAUGUGGUGGACACUAAGAAAGACCUGUUACCGGAUAGUGGAGCACAACUGGUUUGAGAGCUUCAUCAUCUUCAUGAUCCUGCUUAGCAGUGGAGCACUGGCCUUUGAAGACAUUUACAUUGAGAAAAGGAAGAUCAUUAAGACGAUUUUGGAGUUUGCAGACAAGGUCUUCACCUACAUCUUCAUUCUGGAGAUGUUACUGAAGUGGGUGGCAUAUGGAUUUGCCAAGUAUUUCACAAAUGCCUGGUGCUGGCUGGACUUCCUCAUUGUUGAUGUCUCACUGGUCAGUUUGGUAGCCAAUGCUAUGGGAUAUUCUGACCUUGGCACCAUCAAAUCUCUGAGAACCUUGCGAGCUUUGAGGCCCCUGAGAGCCCUGUCACGAUUCGAAGGCAUGAGGGUGGUUGUCAAUGCCUUGCUCGGUGCCAUUCCUUCCAUCUUCAAUGUGCUGCUGGUAUGUCUCAUCUUCUGGCUCAUCUUCAGCAUCAUGGGAGUCAAUUUAUUUGCAGGGAAGUUCCACACUUGUAUCAACAGAACCACAGAUAAGCCUUUCCUUCCAUCAGAGGUGAAACACAAGAAUGCUUGUGAGGACUUGGGCAACGAUGUUGCCCGCUGGAGGAACCUCAAAGUCAAUUUUGACAAUGUUGGCUUGGGGUACCUUGCACUGCUACAAGUUGCUACAUUCAAGGGGUGGAUGGACAUCAUGUAUGCUGCUGUGGACUCUCAAAGCAAGCCAGAGGAACAACCCGAGUAUGAGAUCAACCUGAAGAUGUACCUUUAUUUUGUUGUUUUCAUCAUAUUUGGAGCUUUUUUCACACUCAAUCUCUUUAUUGGUGUCAUCAUAGACAAUUUCAAUCAGCAAAAGAAAAAGCUAGGAGGACAAGACAUCUUCAUGACUGAAGAGCAGAAAAAAUACUACAAUGCCAUGAAAAAGUUGGGGUCAAAGAAACCACAAAAACCUAUUCCUAGACCAUCAAACAAAAUUCAAGGAUACAUCUUUGACUUCACCACAAAACAAGCAUUUGAUAUUGUGAUAAUGGUUCUGAUAUCACUUAAUAUGGUUGCCAUGAUGGUGGAAACUGCUGACCAAACAAAAGAGACAGAGAAAAUUCUCUCUAACAUUAAUAUAGUAUUCAUCGUCAUCUUCUCUGGAGAGUGUUUGUUGAAGAUGAUCUCGCUCCGCCAUUACUAUUUCACAAAUGGUUGGAAUGUGUUUGAUUUCAUCGUAGUCAUCCUGUCAAUCAUUGGUAUGUUUUUCUCAAAAAUAAUAGAGCAGUAUUUUGUUUCGCCAACCUUGUUCAGAGUCAUCCGACUGGCUCGGAUUGGCCGUGUCCUCCGCCUUAUUAAAAGUGCCAAAGGAAUCCGCACACUCUUGUUUGCCUUGAUGAUGUCACUUCCUGCCUUGUUCAACAUUGGUCUCCUGCUCUUCUUGGUGAUGUUCAUUUAUGCCAUCUUUGGCAUGUCAAACUUUGCUUACGUCAAGAAGGAAGCAGGCAUUGAUGACCUUUUCAAUUUCGAGACGUUUGGCAACAGCAUGAUCUGUUUGUUUCAGAUAACCACCUCAGCAGGGUGGGAUACUUUACUAGCUCCCAUUCUCAACAAACAUAAAGAUGAUUGCAGCAAUAGCACGGAGCAUCCUGGCAGUUAUGUUAAAGGAGACUGUGGAAAUCCUCCUGUGGGAAUUGCCUUCUUCGUGAGCUACAUCAUCAUAUGUUUCCUGAUUGUGGUGAACAUGUACAUUGCAGUCAUCCUGGAAAAUUUUAGUGUGGCCACUGAGGAGAGCACGGACCCUCUAAGCGAGGAUGAUUUUGAGAUGUUUUAUGAGGUCUGGGAAAAGUUUGAUCCUCAUGCAACACAGUUCAUGGAGCACAAAAAACUGUCUGAUUUCGCAGAUGCUCUGGACCCACCAUUACGCAUAGCCAAACCUAACAAGAUUGAACUGAUCUCUAUGGAUCUACCCAUGGUGAGUGGGGAACGUAUUCACUGCUUGGACAUCCUGUUUGCAUUCACUAAACGUGUUCUGGGAGAAGGUGGGGAAAUGGACAUCCUACGGGGGCAGAUGGAGGAGCGCUUCAUGGCCUCCAAUCCUUCCAAAGUGUCCUAUGAACCCAUAACUACCACCCUCCGCCGCAAACAGGAGGACUCUUCAGCUGUUGUCAUCCAGAGAGCAUUCAGACAGUAUGCAAAGAAAAAAGCUACCAUUGACCCAUUUGUCACAUCAAGUGAUAACUUUCAAAAGGAUGAAAUAAUCAUUGACAAAGAAGACCUUGUCACGGACAAACCCGAAGAAAUUUCUAGCACUGAUAAAGGUGAACUGAUACCUCCAUCGGUCCCACAGCCUUCAUGUAACAGCGUGACAACAAAUGGAAAAAACAAAUAUGAAAAAGACAAAACUGAAAGGGAGGUUGUAGGUAAAGACGUCUGAGAGGAAGAUGAUGGUGAUGCAACAAAGACAUUUUAAUUAAUGAUAAAAUGUUUACAACUUUUGAAAGUGACUAAGACAUCCAUUGGACUCCCUUCUUUAGUAUGGAUAUCUAUGCCAAAUGCUUGAUUCUAUAGACUAGUGCCUAAAAUGGAAACAUGGCUCGUUCAGGCUGCAGUGGCACCACCUUGGCUGUGCUCAGCCAUAGAUGUCUUUUGACUGAAUGAGGGGAUGGGCAAGUGUUCUAAAAGACACUUCACUAAAAGCUUAAACUUCUAUUGCAGCUAGUUCUGCUAUGUCUUGAAUUGUUAUAUCACUGACUGUUGCAUUAAUUUAAGUACUUAUUUUUCAAGCAGAAGAACUGUUCAUUACUUUAAAAAUUCACAGUUUGGUUAAUUGACUUUUUGUACACUUUUUUUUUUUUAUUUGUUCUUCAAAGGGGUUGUUCCUUCAGGGGUACUCUUUACAGUGAGUGGCAUUGCUUUAAGCCUAGUCUUGCUAACUGAUAGCACUUAGAAUACUUGACAAAUCCAAGAGACCAUGCCGGAGUUGGUGGAUUUAACUAGAAUUAUACACCUGCAUGAAUUUUUUUCCAUGAUUAUGCAUGCUGGAAUGUAGCUCUUUCCCUGUCCAUCAUGCCACAUGAUGCAACGAUACAGUCGGGAAUUGGCUGUUUUUUAUACAUUACAAAAACGCGACUUUAGCCUACAGUCCAACAAAUCCAGCCAAGUGCAUCUAUUAUGUUUGACUAUCAGUGUCAGUGCAGUAACACUUGGCGGAAAUACUUUGCACAUUCAGUUACAUUACAGUCAUCAAAAUCAUUCACAUGCUCCUUCUCAGUCUGCUGUGUGCUAUGUAUAUGUACCAUUUACAAUAUUGCUAAUUAUGCACAAAUGUGCAUAAAUGAACUGUGCUAAAAACAGUCUUCAACUGAAAGUUUGUCUUUCAAAGCCAUACAUUCAAGAAAAAGCCUAUGUUGUUUGCACAUUGUCACAGACCCUGAUAUAUGUUACCUCUCUUAACAACAAAUCUCAGUCAGACAGUUUGCUUUAGGAGGAGAUUUUCUGUAUUUUUGUCUAUCUGUAGGUCAGAAAAGUUACUUAACUUUUUCUUUUACUUUUCCAAAAUACAAGUCCUUGCCAUCUUUUUCUUAUCUUGUCUGUUUGUCUGUUGUCUUUCUUAGCUCUUUUGAUGAUGAACCUCAGCGUGUAUUCUGUAGUGAUUACGGUGGUGUUUAUGGAACAAUUACUAUAUAUUGCCUGUGAUAUGAAACCAAAUAUAUUAUCCAUGUUUUGUUGCAUUCAGGCUAACAGGGAUAUUAUACAUUCAGCAGAAGAAAGAAGAAGAAGUGAGAAAUGUAAAUGCCCAUGAGAACUGUAUUUUUCUUGAUAAGGCAAACAUCCCUGUGUUUGACUACUGGUGAUGCUAUAUGACUCAGCUGCCUAAGCUUUGCUUUAUUCAACUUUUACAUUUUCUCCAAUUUUCAUUUGGAAAUUGUGACUGAAAAAAGGGUAAUUGUGUUAUUGUGUGCUUUUUUUCUUUUUUUUUACAAUUUACUUCUCAGGCUUUAUCAUGAUAAAUAUCGAAACUGGAUGAAUGAAGACUCAGAAUAUUCUCAGUGAUUGUCUCAAGGACAUGUCAUCACACAUCUCAUGUGCCCAUGGCUGUUUCCUACUUCUGUUUACAUUUAUGUAGUGGCAGUUGUGUUACUUUUGUCAGGUCUUCCACUAGCUUUAACAUCCACCCUAAACUAUGUCACAACUACAUCUGUUGUUCCAUGUUAUAAAAGUAUAAUUACAUUCAUGUAAGUAUAGUUUGCAUGUAAUUAGUUAAUUAACACUAAACUUUAUGCAUAAUGAAAGAAUGUUUUGAUCACACAGAAUUUAACAUCUCCCGUCAUUCAUAUGCAUAAUGCUUGUAGUGUAAAAAUAAACUGCAUGCAAGACACUCUUAUAACGCAUUUCAUUGAAACGCCAAAAGAAUAAAGAUCACAUGCACCUCAAAUAUGCCUUCAACCAUCAUUUAUUUUAUAAUGCUAUAUAAAAGACCUCUCUAUAUUUUAUAUGUACUUAAUAUUGUAUUUGAUUUCGUUACUCUGAUCAGAGGUGGAUUAUAGGAAAAAUGUCUCCAAGAGCGAGACUGACUGCCCACAGGUUUGCUCAUCAUGCUGACCCUGUUACCAUCUAUGUUCUGAUGAAACUGUGUGCUGCUUUAUGUCUGUCUCUCUCUGUCUCGAUCUGUCGUUUCAGAUCAUUUGUCAGUAAAGAGUGGUGGGUGGACUUCUAAAUGUAGUAGAUGUGUGAUUUCAGUAAUGCCUCUCAGGUUAAGAUCCAUAUUGUUGUCAGCUCAUUGUUCGUCCUACAGUUCAAUCAUUAAGUGAUUCAGAUGAAAACAAAAAUGUUAAUCUGUUGCUCAGCGCCACUAGUCCAGUAUACAAGAGAGAAGCUGUUUGCGAGUGUUUGCAAGCUCAAUCAUUUAUUAUACACUUUGUUCAGGGAGGGAGCGUCUCUGAAACUGUCUGCUUGCUUUGUGUUUUUGUUAUGUACAGGUAC